AUGCCAUUCAUUGACCUCCAGUCAAAGCUGGGUAUUAAUCUGGACCAGUGGCUCUUGGCCCAGAGCGGGGAGCAGCCACAGAAGCGGGUCGCUCGCUGCCAUGCCUUUGAGAAGGAGUGGAUAGAGUGUGCCCAUGGCAUCGGCCAGACUCGGGCCAAAAAAGAAUGCAAAAUCGAGUUUGAAGACUUCUAUGAGUGCAUGCACCGCCAAAAGACACAACAGCGUUUAUAUGAGGUUUGUAAGCAGCGGGAUAAACUGAUUAAGGAGGGAUCCUACACCCCCCCUCCACAUCACAAAGGCAACGAGGAGGUCCGGCCGUAA